UGUUGGCGGUCUCGGUGCCGGCCGGCCCGGCGCGGUGGGUCCCGCCGCCAUGUUGUGCCGCGGGGAGGGCCUGCUGGGGUCCCUCACGGCGCUGCUGGUGGUGGCGCUGGCGCUGAGCCGCAGCCCGGCGCUGUCCGGCCUCCUGACGGCCGGCCUCUACCUGGCGCUGCACCUCUUCAGCCUGGAGCCCGCCGCGCCCCAGAGCGCGCAGCGCGUCCUGCGGCCCCGCGGCCCCGCCGCCCGCAUCGCCCACCGCGGCGGCGCGCACGACGCGCCCGAGAACACGCUGGCGGCCAUCCGACAGGCAGCUGAGAAUGGAGCAACGGGUGUUGAGCUGGAUCUCGAAUUUACUGCAGAUGGGGUUCCCAUCCUAAUGCAUGAUGAAACAGUGGAAAGGACAACUGAUGGCUCUGGAAGAUUGCGUGACUUGACUUUUGAGGAAAUUAGGAGGCUUAAUCCAUCUGCAAAGCACAGGCUACGGAGCAAAUUCCAAGGUGAAAAGGUACCAACUCUGAGAGAAGCUGUCGUGGAGUCUAUGCAGCACAAUCUUAUAAUCUACUUCGAUGUCAAAGGCCAUGCAAAUCAGGCAGUUGAUGCCCUGAAACAGCUCUACCUGGAGUUUCCAUCUUUGUACAACAGCAGCAUAGUCUGUUCUUUCAUGCCAGAUGUUGUGUAUAAGAUGAGACAAGCUGACAGAAAUGUUGUAACAGCACUAACACACAGGCCUUGGCAACUGAGUCAUUUUGGAGAUGGGACACCCCGUUUCAGUUCCUCUUGGAAACAUCACUUGUAUAUGAUGCUGGAUGUCAUUCUAGAUUGGAGCUUACACAGUUUCUUAUGGCGAUUGUGUGGGGUUUCAGCUCUCCUCGUGCAGAAAGAUUUUGUUUCUCAAGACUACGUGAGGCACUGGUCUUCAAAAGGGAUUCAGGUGGUUGCCUGGACAGUGAACACGUUUGCAGAAAAAAGCUACUACGAAAGUGUCCUUGAAUCCAACUACAUCACCGACAGCUUGGUGGAGGACUGUGAACCUCAUUAUUAGACCUGUGCUGCGCACACACCACCCGAAGUAAGCUCUCUUGCCUGGGCAGCCUGAACUCCCCGUCAGGAGGGUACCCACUAGCACAGAUGGGAUCACCAGUGGCAGUUCUGUACUUCUGCUCUGUGGUCAGACCCCAAAUGCAAUAACCCUCUGAUGGAACGCCAGGGAAAGACAAGGUACAGGGACAUGCAGUCUGAGUAAAUGACGCUCUAACAUAAAGGGAUCCAGUUUGACAAGCGACCUGUUGCUUUGUGAUUCUCAGACUCUUCCUUUGCUUUGUUCAGCUCUUGAUUAUGAAUCCAAAUCAGCAAUUUUUGGUGGCAAGUUUUAAAGUCGUAUCUUGAUUUUUUAUUUUUUUUUGUAAUUUAAACAGCCUGUUCUACAACUGUAUAAUAAUAUGAGAUUGAUUUAUGGUAUCUUAAAAACAUCUACAUUACUGUUCUUAAAACAGAACCUGAAAAUAAUGGUGCCAAGUACAGCAUGCGUAUGUUUCCCUCCUGCUGCACAGGAAGAUGCCUGUGCUGUGUUUUGACCCGGAAAAGCAAGCCAAAUUUCAGUGUUCAGUGUGUAGACUGUGAGAAUCAAUGAAUAAAACUUGAAUAGCUGUCUAUCUUCCACACUUUUUAAAGAACCAAGGGAGGAUAGAAGGCUGUUUCUUCUAAUGACACAGAAUAUGAAUGUAUUUAUUUAAAGAAAGCUAUGUAUUGAGUACUGGAAGCAGUAGAACAAACGAGAGUCUUUUAACUUUCCUUAUUGUUUGGAUGAUUGAAGGGCAAACACAAAGAUAUGUGGGAAACUGUAACCCAGGUUUAACUUGAAAUCAAAAGUCCCAAUAAACAAGUAAUCUGAUAACUCA